ACCACCAACACAACCAACACAUAUCACUACAAUGACAAACGCUCUUUCAGGAACUUCUACUCCGUCUUCGGACGCUUUUACAGUCUGCGUUUACUGCGGUUCUGGACCUGGGAACUUGCCAAUCUAUACCGAGACCGCAACAGCACUCGGCUCCCUCGUCGCAGCUCGAGGUUGGUCUCUCGUUUACGGUGGCGGAACGACGGGGUUGAUGGGGACUGUGUCGAGCGCAGUCGCCGCCGGUGGCGGGUUCGUCCACGGCGUCAUCCCCCAAGCGCUCGUCACCAGAGAAACGAGCGGAAAGCCAGAGGAGUGGCACGGCAAAACAACGAUCGUGCCCGACAUGCACACCCGGAAACGACUCAUGGCCAUGGAAGCGAAGGCAUUCAUCGCGCUUCCUGGAGGGUACGGAACCAUGGAGGAGUUAUUCGAGGCGAUUACGUGGAGUCAAUUGGGCAUUCAUUCGAACCCGAUUGUCUUGUUGAACAUCAAUGGGUUCUAUGAUGGGAUCGUGAGCUGGAUCGAGAAUGCGGUUGAGCAUGGGUUCGUCAGAGAGAAUCAGAGGAAUUGUGUGGUGGAGUGUAAGACUGUUGAGGAGGUUGUUGCUGCGAUUGAGGGGUGGAAGGUUCCGGAAGGUCGAUUGAAGUUGAGUUGGCAGCAGGAGGGGGAGUCAAGGAAGAUGAGCGUGCAUGAUGAGCUCAUGGGCGAAGUGCUGAGGGAGAAGUUUGAGAAGUGAAGUAGCACCUGCUGCUCUUGUGUUUACAUCUGAACACUCCGAUGCGUCACGCUGGCUUCGUGACACAACUCCCCUUAUGAAUCGUCGCAGGACGUCCGUAGCAUCGUUCGAGGCGUCAUAGACCAGAACGUUGGAUGGCAUAGAACAUUUAGCAUAUCAUGGGUCUCCAGGUACUGAGCGUCUCAUUCCAAAUGAAUCAACCUUCCAAGCUCUUUGGUAUCAAUUAUGCAAAACAAUCGCCUGUAUCCUUUCGCGACCCUUUCCACAU